UGUCGGUGAGAGCGUCGGCGUCUCAGUCCCUACAACACGUCGCGAGAGUUCGCCCGUAUAUUAACUUGAAGUCCUGUCGAUAGUUUACCAAUUACCAUGGCCCGAAGUGGAGUGACAGCGUUCAGCUUUGCCGUCCUACUGGCUCUAUUGGAAAUAGGUUCCUGCAUGAGAUGCUACCAAUGCAACUCCCAGUCGGACCCCAAAUGCAAGGACCCCUUCGUCCCCAACCAGAGUCUUUUAGUGGAAUGCAACAGCCAGGACUCUGUGAACUUCAACCGCGGCUACUUGAGCCAGAUCCUGCCCGCUGAGCUGAUCCACUCCGUGCCCGGCGCGCCGAGGCAAUGCCACAAAAUCAUCAUGCAAUCCGGAACAACAAUCCGUACUUGCUUGGAUGUGAACCCGGCCAGCCAGACCACGUGCAAUGCUCUGAAAAUGUCGCAGGAUGUCAACAAACAGAGCAAAUAUUGCAGCGUGUGUGACAAGGACCUCUGCAAUGGAGCUGGAUCUAUCUCCGUCUCCCUCCCACUUGCGUUCGCAGCAGCUAUUGCUACUUAUCUUUACAGCAAGCAUUAAAAAUAUUAAUUUAUGAAUUAUAUAAUAAUAAUUAUUAUAUUGUACUAAUAAUUGUUUGUCUAUGGCCAGCUUUAAACCGCCAUAUUUUUGGUCCUGAAUUCCUCCCACGCUAAUGUCGAAUACGAACUACGCGUUUCAAAUUUCAACUAAGAAGAGCACUGCCAGCAUUAAAAAUAUAUGGCUAGUAAGUGCAAAUUUGACAUUAAAAGUCAAAUUCGAGACCACUUUAUUUUUUUGCAUAUUUUUUAUGUAGGUACCUACUUUAUUCUAUUUUUGUUAGUUUGUAAUUUCUUUAAAAAUAAAUCUUAAUUUAAGCUUUCGGUUGCACAUAAACUCUAGUAAACUACAAUAUUGAGAGGUCUAAGAAUACAUAAUGCUGUCCUUUUCCUAAAUUGUGAAAGGGAUAGCAAUUUUUUUAUAUCCUGCAUUAAUCAUUAUUACAACCGAUUGUUGUGAUUGGCUGAAUUUAUGCUUUUCUUGUUGCAAUAAUGCAUUGUGUCAAUAGUGAGCGCUCUAGAUAGGGAAAUCUUGGCUUGAUCCUGAAUCAACGAUCUGUCAAAUAUUAAGUUAAUAGGAGACGUGAAAUCAAAGAAAAACAGUCAAAUGUAAGUAACAUAUUUUGACGCCUGCCAGUAACGUCGUAGCCACAAAGUUUAGACACCAGUUCCCGAUCGUAAACUGUGACAACGUUCUGUCACCAGUUCCCGUCUAAGUCGUAAACUGUGACUCGGUGUUAAAAAAAAACUGCGAUACAGAAGGAAUGAAAGGUCGUACUGUAGAAAAACUGCAUAAGUUGUUUUUGUAUGUCGAUGGAUCGACUCUAAACCAUGUUGCUACAAGCAUCAAUUUUCUAUGCAGCUUAUGAUUCUAUUGAGGGUAUCAGUUUAAUAAACUGCCAUUAUUACCCGUUCCAGGUUGCUAUCUUAGACUUUACUUAUUAGGUCUAUACUUAUUAUCGUCUUAUAUGAGAUCGCAUUUAAACACAAACUUGUCAUUAAAUAAAAAGCUUAUACAAUGUUGUACCAUUGCCUUCAACAUAUUAAACCCGUCCAAUAUUAAUGUUGUUCAUUUUGCUUGUUGGAAUAGUUAUAAUAUUACCUACUUUAUUAUAGUAAUAAUAAAACCAUUUUAAUAAGCCACUUUUGACAAUGGUUAAGAAGCAAGGACGUACAUGGUAAAAAAAGAAUAGGCAGACAUACAGUUCGGUUUCUAAAAGAUUGACUUCCAAUAAAAUAUUAUUAUCUAAUUUAUUUAAUUUGUUAAGUAUAUAAAAACUACAUAGUCUCUGCUAUACUUAUAAAGGUAUUUAAUUUUUCAUUGCAGGUUUCAAUAAUAUUAUGUGGGUGCUCCUACCAAGUGUAUACCCGUAUUAUUUGGAUUUCUGUGUGCAUUGCAUACCUAUAUACCUACCUUAUGUAGGUACCGCUAUGACCUAUCAAAAGUGGACUAUAAAAAUGGCUUUAACGUAAAUAAAAUAUUUUAAGUGUUACCAUCUACGACGUGUUGAUAUUAUAAUAUUAUUACGAUAAAUGUAAACCGUAUUAACCAAAAAAAAAACGUAGGUACCUGCUAUCCAAUUGUACAAAUAUUAUAAUGUAGAAAGAAAAUAACAGGUGUUUGAUUUCCAAAGAUAUCUAAGUAUCCAUAAGCAAAAAUGGCACUGACAUCGAAGACAAUUUAUUUUUAUAAUAUUGUAUCUAAACCAGAGUCGAUAAAUGUUGCAAAAUAUAUAAGCAUUUAAUUACCUAUGUAUCGCAAAACAUUUGUCGACCGUCCGUUUAAACCUUAGCGUAUCCAUUUUUAAUAAAAUCGAUAAAAGUAAA